AUGCCUUCUCUCAAGACCAUCUUCGUUUCAGCCGCUCUGGCCUAUCUAGCCAGCGCCAAGACCAUCAAGAUUACUGCGACAAGCGAUAAUAAGUUUGACCCCGAGGAGAUUGAGGCUGAGAAGGGCGAUGUUCUGGAAUUCCACUUCGAGCCCAAGAACCACAGUGUCGUUGCUGGCGACUACCGCUACCCAUGCUCUCCCCUCGAACUCGGCACUGGUUUCUUCUCCGGUUUCCUUCCUACCGAUAGCGGAUCUGCCGACAAGGUCUUCCAGGUCACUGUCAACGACACCGACCCUACCCCAUUCUACUCCUCUCAGGAUAACGAGUGUGCCAAGGGGAUGGUUGGCAUCAUCAACCCAGACUCCAAGAAGACCCUCGACGACUACAAGAAGCGUGCGUCUGAACUCAGCUCGGGUGUCAACCCUGGCAAGAAGAUCUUUGGUGGUGAGCUUGUAGACUCUGAUGACGCCGACUCAGACGAUAAGAGCUCUGGCAAGUCCUCGGGUGGUAAGGACGGCGACGAUAAUGCUGCCCGUGCUCUUGGCGCUCCUUUUGCUGGCAUUAUUGCUGUCAUUGGCCUUGCCCUUGUUAUGGCUUAG